AAUAAAUAAAUAAAUCUGUUCCUUGUUUUGUUGAGCUGAGCUGCAGUGAUGAGUUGCGUGUUUCAGCCCCCGGUCAGAAUAAAGAAUUCGGCUGUGUGAAUAUAAAUCAGGUGACUGUAGAGACGAGGGGCUUCAGAAACACCAGUGAACAACAGCUGCGUUUGUGUGUCGCCUUCAGCAAACGCCUAAACUCCGUCUCACUGUCGCCCGGAGCCGCGGCAGCGUUACGGUUUGUGGGAUUCUUCACUCGGGAAAUCUUCAGAUGUGUUUUUUGUUUUUUGAAAUUAUAUGUUAAACAGAUUUAUUUUGCAUAUUGCCUACAUUUUUGGUUGAUAGCUACUACAAUUUUUUUAUUGUACUUUUUACAGGUCUUAUGAAUUUCGCCUUAAAUUUGAGAGGAUUUUUUCUGGACUUUGUCAAACAUUUAUAUCUAAAAAAAAACUUUGCCUAAUGUUUUUAAUAUAAUUGCUGAUUGUCACAGUUUUUCUUUUUAACUUUAUAUAAAUAUAGCUUUAGCUUGAAUUUGGAAAAACAUUUUUUUCCAGUGUUUUAAUUGAGUAAUUUUUCUAAACGAACUGCUCUUUUUAUUGACACAUUUUUUUUCUCCCAUAAAAAUUUUGUCUUGAAUUUGAAUCAAUAAUUUUUUUGGAUCAAUAACUUUUUAAAGCUUUUUUCAUCUUCAUUUAGUCAUUCAUCACUUUUUUCUCCACCACUUUUGCCUCAAAUUGCUGAGGAUUUUAUUUCCCGGAUCUCCAGAUGAAGAUGUCAGAGUCGUCCCUCCGGCUGUCGUGGACGUUUCACUGGACGCUGGGUAUCGUCAGCGCGCUCACGCUGCUGAACUCGGCCGGAUUUAUGCUGCUCCUUCUCCAGACCCGAGAGUUUGGAAAUCGGAUGGACGUGGUGGAGUCUCGUCUGGAGGAAAUCUCUCAGAGCUCGGUGGUGGAGUUCAUGACGGAGAUGAGCAGAAAUCAGCAGGAGAUCCAGGAAGAUCUGCAUCAAUUCUCCAGAAAUAAAAGGAGUCAGGAGCUGAAGGAAGCUCAGGCUCUGGAGCAGAAACUUCAGCUGGAACUGGAGGAGAAACUGGCCGAGGUUUCAGGAGAUGGAACUGGAGAUGAAAGGUUGAGUAACGAGGAGAAGAACGUUCAGGAUCCAGAUUUCUACCACAGGACAGUGCAGCAUGAUGGGAUGAUGAUGAUGAUGACGUACUCCAUGGUGCCGGUUAAAGUGUUGUUAGACAUCUGUAACAGCACUAAAGGACUUUGUCUCACUGGUCCUCCAGGACCACCAGGUUUGCCAGGUGUGGAUGGAAUGCCAGGAUACAACGGGACAGAUGGAAUUCCCGGUUUGCCAGGAGAACCAGGAGCACCCGGUAAACGAGGAAAAAGAGGUCCUGCAGGUGAAAAAGGUGAUCCAGGUGAGCCAGGUGUGAAAGGUGACCCGGGACCACCUGGAGAAAAGGGAGAGCCUUCUAAUGAUGUGAUUGUACUAGGUCCUCCUGGCCCCGCAGGACCCCCUGGAGCUCCAGGUCCGAUUGGCCCACCCGGGCUUCCAGGACCACCCGGACCCCCGAGACCAGCCAGAAACAGAAGCCAGAGAGCUCACCUGCACAUGGGCCACGCAGCUGAAGGUUUCAUUCAUGCUGUUUCAAAUGAUCAUGUGAUGAGUCAAGGACCAGGGAACCGGGGAAAGACCUCGAAAAACGAGUGCAUUAUAAAGUCCGUAAAGGAACCGAGGAACCUGGCGAAGAUGGCGAGUACGUUUGGAGCCUGGUUGAAAGACACAGCAGUGGAAGAUGAUGAGAAGAUCUGGGUAGCAGAACAUUUCUCAGGUCGUAUUAUAAAGGAGUUCAGCAGCAUCGCCGCCUGGCAGAACAGCAGCAGCAAGUCGAUCGACGUCAGGAAGUUUUUCCAAGGAUGCGGACAUUUAGUUCACAACAACUCCAUUUAUUACCACAUCGCCGGAACCUACAGCAUCGCCAAAUAUAAUCUUCGCACUAAGACGUUGCACACGCUGGCCAUAGAGAACGCUUUCUACCACAACCUGUCCUACCUGCUCCGGAACUCUAAGACGUACUUUAAAAUGGCGGCAGAUGAAAGCGGCUUGUGGCUCGUCUUCGCCUCGAGCGUCGACGAGAACAUCAUGGUGGCGCAACUGGACGAGAAAACGUUCUCUAUAACGACGUACAUCAACACCAGCUACCCGAGAAGCAAAGCGGGAAACGCCUUCAUCGCGUGCGGCGUCCUCUACGUCACUGAUGUUAAAGACACCAGAGUGACCUACGCCUUCGAUCUCCUCAAACAAAAGCCUCUCAACGUUAGCUUUGAUCUCUGGACUCCGGCUAGCGUGCUAUCCAUGAUGUCUUACAAUCCUAAAGACCGGCAUUUAUACGUUUGGGACAGCGGACACGUCAAAUCCUACAAGGUCCAUUUUCUUUCUGAUGACUGAUUAUGGUCAUAGAUUUAUAGAUGAGUCCAAGAGGAAUGGUUUCUUUCAAAAUUAGACUCUUCACUAAUACAGCGUUCGCGUCUAUUCCUGUUUUUCCCAAUUUUUCCAAAUUGAUUUUAUCGCAAGACGCUACUGGGGAAUACAGUAAGUUUUUUUUUUUUUCUUUCAACAAAAAACAUCACAACCAAUCAUUACAAUAGGUUGCUGAUUUUGUUGUAUUGGAAUUUUUUUUUUAAAUGCAUCUAUUUACGCAAAUGAGGCUUUGUCUAAUUAAAUAUGCGCAAUUUUGCAUACUUUAUAUGACCAAAAACUCUAAAUCUAGGAUGACGUCAGAAUUAAAAUGUUUUAUUUCACUGAAAAAUUUUUCUAGAUGUUUGUUGGAAUGUCAUUUUGUUUUUCAUUUCAUCAAGAAAAUACCAUGUUCUGUUAAAUACAAUUGUUUUUAUGCUAUUUUCAGUAUAAAAUCUAACAUAAAUCCAACAAUAAUCAACUUUUUGAGCAAUUCCUCUGUAAUUAGUUUCUGAUUAGGGCGAGGAACAAUCGUGUAAAAUGUCACGAGUGCAAUUCAAUUUGAAACUUAGGUAUUUUAAAACAAUUUUAGCAUUAUGUGGUUUAAUGUAUUUUCACACUAGGUUAGCAUGAUUCAUAAAGUUUAUAAAGAAAAUUGAUGUGUAUAUCAGAAAAACAAGCUUUUCAGAGAUAUAUGACGUUUGUCAUUGUGAAGUGGGCGGAGCUUAAAGCCUUCUUUUAAGUUGCAGAGUUUUAGAUAACGUGGUGGACUUGAGUGUACAAAAACAAAAACAGUGAAAUGAACAUUUUUCUGUUGAGUUUUGAUAUUUUUAUUGCUACACUUUAAGAGUAAACGUGAUAUAGAUGCAAUUUAUCCAGAAAUCUGACCAAAAAUCAUCAUUUCUACCUGCAGUGUCUCACCUUAAACAUCACAGACUUUUAUUUAUUUCGUACUAAUUUAAAAGUCAUUAACUGUAUUACUGAAAGGUAAUGAAAUGUUUUACAGCUACAAUGUUUUACAUUACAGCUGAAAAUAACAGCAAGUCUAAAGGGAACACAGCACUAGAACCUUCGUGGGUUGAGUCUAUAUAAUUUUCACAUCAUCAAAUCCAUAGUGUUUUCAUUACGCUUUCUAAAUUCACAUUAUUUUUUCAGGUGGGUUUCAAUGAAAACUUGCUACAAAAUGAAAUGAAAGACAUGAACAAGAUUUAGAUAGAUUUCAGUUUCAAAUUUCUCACAGCUAAACACAGAUUCUUUCUAACAAUGUAUUCUUACACAGUCUGUAAUUUUUCAUGAAAUAAAACAGAUUUUGGACUUUAUUGUACUUUACAUUAAAAUAAGAAUCUGACUGAAAUUAUGAACCCCAGUGGUUUUGGAAAUAAAUUCUUGCCUCUAAAAGUUAUAAAUUAUUUUAUCGUUUGAGUUGUGAUGUGUUCCAGUAUGAAGUACAGCACCUUUGUUUCAGAUCCUGAUCGUUCACUAACAUGGUUCGAUUUUUCCACAUUAAUGAAACGAUAAAUAUUAACCUGGAUGUUUUGUUCUUGUGAUUUAUAUUGAAUUGUACUGCAUUACAAGUCGUUUAUAUGUUACAGAUUGUAUUGCAUUGUGUUUGGCUUUCACGUUAUAGAUGAUGUUACAAAAUAUGCUGAAUAUUAAUCACUUUAUUUCAUUAUAAACAUUAUACACAUUUUUCUAACAAUUAGCAGCAACACAGUGUCACUAUUUCUAACACAAAUCUU